UCAUAUCAAUGACAUCACACACCGUCUAACUCUAAACAAGGCAAAACCAAAAGGUUUCUUCAUCUGUCAAUCUUCUGAGAUUCCUGUUCCCAAUCUGCGAAUUGCUUACACACACACAGAGACCAAACGCUGUAAGAAAGAAAAUGGCGAGCAAUCACACCGAUGACUUAGACGAGCUUCUCGAUAGUGCAUUGGAUGACUUCAAAGAUCUCAAUCUUGCUCAAAGUGAAGACGAAGAGGGGAGUGAGAAGAAGAAGAAGAAAGAAGAGCCGUCUCCAUUGCCGAGUGGAGUUCAAGGACUUGGGAUGGGGUUACCUGAUAUGAGAAUCAAGAACAAGGGAAAGCAGAAAGUCUCGAAACAGGAUCAUGUCGCAGAAGCUCUCGACAAGCUUAGGGAACAAACUAGAGAAACUGUGGAAUCUAUCUCUUCCAAGCAGCAGCAGCAGUCAGCUUCUGGUGAUGAAGAUGCUAUGGUUGAGGAUUUUCUCAAGCAAUUCGAGAGUCUCGCUGGAUCUCAGGACUUGGAAUCAAUAGUGGAAACGAUGAUGCAACAGCUACUGUCGAAAGAUAUUCUCCACGAACCAAUGAAGGAGAUCGGUGCAAGAUAUCCGAAAUGGCUAGAAGAGAACGAAGGCAGUAUAAGCAAAGAAGACUAUAACCGCUAUUCGCAACAGUACAAACUGAUCAAAGAACUCAAUGCGGUUUACGAGGAUGAACCAAACAAUUCAACUAAGAUUAUGGAGAUCAUGCAGAAGAUGCAAGAGUGCGGACAACCACCUAAUGAUAUUGUUCAAGAGAUGGAUCCAGGGUUUGAUUUCGCAAGCCUAGGCCAAAUAUCUCCAGAGAUGCUUGAGUCUUCACCAAAUUGCUGUAUAAUGUGAUGGAAUCACUUUACGUCAAGGAACCAAAAAGCUUCAAGAAACUCUGUGUGAUCAAAAGAUAUGAUUUAUGUACGAUUGCAUUUUCACCCAUACAAAUAAAUGUGAGUGUCCUUUUUUAGAA